GUGAUGAGAAAAAAAUAAUUCACUUACAGAUUACGACAAAAUUUAUAUUAUUUAUUAUGAAGAAAUUCUUCUACGACUAUUGUUUUUCGAAUCGUCGAAUAGUAUGUUAAGCCGAUUACAGAUGAUACGAUUAUUUGCCAUAUAUUUGCCAAAUGAAGAACGGCGGAAUGGUCGAGAAUGUAUUUGUGUAUAUUUAACGGAACACACGUAUUUUUCAAAUGUAAACAAAUGCCAUAUCGUGUCGAUGGUACAUAUCGAUACAUUCGAAGGUAUGUUUUACUUGCCAAACAUUAUCAGAAGCUAUACAAACUGCACACCAUUUGGAUUAUUCAACAAGAGAGUGUUAUUAGCUGUGGUAAUUUUAGGAGCUUUAUACCUUUAUGAUACUUUCGCAAAUAGUAACUCACUUUGCCUGUCCUACGACAAUAAUUUAAAUAAUUAUGGGUAUGGAGAUUGUGGUGGACCGUCGUCGUGGCAUCAAAAGUUUAUAUCGGCCGGAGGCCAAAGGCAGUCUCCAAUAAAUUUAAUCGCUAGGGGAAGCAUAUGCAUUCCUUCAGAAACUGUGGAUCCCUUGGUAUUUUCCUGCGAGUUCCAUGUGCCUCCAUGUGAAAUGAAACUUUACAAUACAGGACACAAUGUUGUUAUUUAUGCGACUUGGGGCAGUGGCAAGAGACCUAUAAUAUUUGGCGGUCCUUUAACCGAUGAGUAUACGUUCCUCAAUAUUAAAUUUCGUUGGGGACCAAAUGAAAACGAAGGCACUGAACAUAUGAUCAAUGGUUGCAGAUAUGCUAUGGAACUACAAGCCGCCUUUGCAAAAGGUGUGGCCCAGCAAAAUUUCGACAUUGUAGAGGCAGCCAGGAGUGGGUCGCUAUUAAUAUUAAGUUAUAUGUUUAUGGUAACACCAAUAGAUAACCCUUACGUGGAGCCCAUUGUAUCAGCCCUACGCUAUAUUAAAUACCCAGGGGGCUGCGUCUCCAUUGAACCAAUAAUUAUAUCCUUACUAUUACCAGACUUUUCGAGAGAUUAUUACACGUAUAUGGGAUCUAUGACAUUCCCUCCAUGCACAGAAGGGGUAAAGUGGAUUGUUAAACCAGAGCCACUUCUAAUUUCUUCGAAACAAGUUCGUAAAUUUAGAAAACUGCACGGACUUGGGGGGCCAAUACUUAUGAACACCAGACCUGUCCAAAACGUUAACAAUAGGGAAAUUUUUUAUUAUGAUUAAUUUAUCAAAUUGACUUUGUGCUAAUAAAUAUAUAUAAUAUUUUGUUAUGA